AUGGGAAAAACGGAAAUAUGGGAAAAACGGAAAUAUGGGAAAAACGCAAAUAUGGGAAAAACGCAAAUGUGGGGAAAACGCAAAUGUGGGGAAAACGCAAAUGUGGGGAAAACGCAAAUGUGGGGAAAACGCAAAUGUGGGGAAAACGCAAAUGUGGGGAAAACGCAAAUAUGGGGAAAACGCAAAUAUGGCAAAAACGCAAAUAUGGCAAAAACGCAAAUAUGGCAAAAACGCAAAUAUGGCAAAAACGCAAAUACGACAAAUCGCAAAUAUGGGAAAAACGCAAAUAUGGGAAAAACGCAAAUAUGGGAAAAACGCAAAUAUGGGAAAAACGCAAAUAUGGGAAAAACGCAAAUAUGGGAAAACCGCAAAUAUGGGAAAACCGCAAAUAUGGGAAAACCGCAAAUAUGGGAAAACCGCAAAUAUGGGAAAACCGCAAAUAUGGGAAAACCGCAAAUAUGGGAAAAACGCAAACAUGGGAAAAACGCAAACAUGGGAAAAACGCAAACAUGGGAAAAACGCAAACAUGGGAAAAACGCAAACAUGGGAAAAACGCAAAUAUGGGAAAAUCGCAAAUAUGGGAAAAACACAAAUGUGAGAAAAACGCAAAUAUGGGAAAAACGCAAAUAUGAGAAAAACGCAAAUAUGGGAAUAACGCAAGUAUUGCAAAAACGUAAAUAUAGGAAAGACGCAAAUAUGGGAAAAACGCAAAUAUGGGAAAAACGCAAAUAG